GUGUGGCAGGUGUGCCAUGUGACAUGGGAUACUGCUUCUUUAAAGUUUCAUUCUUAAAGCUUAUUCUUCAUUUACUGUCAAGCAUCAUGUCUGAGUCAGCAGAGUACAAAGCAAUCAAGGACUGUCACAGCAGCCUUCUUACUUGCAUCAAGCAGUCUCCUAAAGAUGUCAGCGAUCAUUUACUCCGUUUUGAGAUCUUAGCACCAAACGAUCGAGAUUAUCUUAGGAAUGACACUCAUGAUGCUGGUGACAAAGCACGAAGAAUAAUGGAAUCUGUGCUGCUCCAGAUAAAAAACAAUCCACUGGUUUUUCAUUCAUUCGUUAGUGCUCUUGAAGAAGCUGGUAGUUUUACGAAAGCUACAGUGCAAAAACUCAUUGAUGCAUUACAGAGACAACAUCAACAGUGCGAUCAAACUCAAAGAAUAGGAGCAGAUAACGAAGGUCAGGCAGGUGAAGAGUUACAACCAAGAUCCGUCAGUACAAGCUUAUCUGGAUUUGCAUCACUCACGGCACCUGAUUCUAAAUUCUUUAGCUUCCAAUGUGACUGUGGAAAGUGUACUAUCUUGGGUCAUGUCACUGGCAGAGAUAAGUGCUUAAGCUCCAAGCCACCUCAAAUUAAAAGAUGCACUCGUGAUACUCCUUGUAGUGAUACAGUAUCAGCCACAGAAAUCUCUUAUAAAAUGUUCAUGACAGCCCUACGUGAUGAAACACGACACAUUCAUUCGAAGUUUUGUAGCUUACUCACAAACACGAUUAUGAAUCUGGAAAAACAAUAUGACAUCACUAAAGUGAAGCAGUACGUCCAGGCGCUUUUAACACCACAAGAAUCGUAUUUCAACCCAAUUUAUCGUAGACCUUCUGAACAGAUUCUGUUCCGUGAUGUUACCAGCUUUAGCGAAUUGUCAGUCUUCCUACAGAAUAAUUUCUGCUCUUGGUUCAAUUACUCACUGAUUUCCGUAAUGCGAGAAGAAUUUCUUUUCCCAUAUGAAAAUGAUCAAGCAUUACUGAGAUACGAGCAUUUGUUUCGGCAAUAUGUUAAUCGACGAUGUUUCUUAUUUGUUGAUGACUUUGGCCCUCAACCGUCUCACAUUGAAUCAGUGGAGAUAACAUGUAAGAUUGAUGUUGACUUUCAAACAAUCACUUUUGAUCAAAUUCAAAAAUUGGAGCUAGUUUUUAUGAAAUGCUGGGAACAAAUAAUACCACACCAAGUUUUGAAUUUGAAGAAUGUUCGAGAAGGCUGUACAGAGCUGGUGUUUCGAGUUCCAGCUUAUUUUAAGCAUAUUUAUGGCCAGUUGAGUCUUGAACAGAUGCAGCACCUGAAAGAAAAUGCAUUCAUUGAGGUCAAAAUUGGUCAACAAGUAAUAUUGAAGGCAGAAGAUAAUUCAACAAAGAAACUGCUAAAAGCGUUUGGCCAAGAUGGUGGUGACCCGACUUCUGCCUUAACCUUACUGAUAGGGCUUGAUCCGACAGUUGAUGUCAGUUCAAUCAGGGACAGUGAUGGAAUGACCCUCCUCCAUCUUGCCUGUCGCUGGGAUUGGUCAAAAUGGGGACUCUUAGUCACCCAAUUGGUCGAAACACACCAUCAUAAUGUCUCAGUUGUGAAUGAGGAUGGAGACACACCUCUUCACAUAGCUGCUCGAUUCAACAACAGAGGAGCUGCGGAAUAUCUUCUUGAGCUCAGUGAUGCCAACGCUAGAAACAAUGUUGGGUUAACUGCCUUUGACAUUGCAGAUCAAAAGCAACAUCAAGAAGUUUUGAGAGUGUUGGUCGAGUGCGAUGAAAUAUUUGCCAACAUUCCAAUAAUAAGCGUUCCAAUAAUCAGCACUCACGACGAUUCUCAGUCAGACGAACCCAUACAUGGGACAAGCAGUGACUCAGAUACAUUGCCAAUGUCUCCCAGUGCAGAUGAAUCCACAAGCACUCAAGAGGACGGUUGGAAUUCAAUGACUAGUGCAUCUACAGUGGAAGGUGCCUCAUCAGCAUUGAGUACCAGCUUAACAUGUAAUUCUGUAAUGGAAGAUGUGUGCUUGAAUACGGAAGUACAAAGUCAUGUUCAUGAUCAGCGCAUUACAUCUGAUGAAUUGUCCUCUGUUACAGUAAUGGAAGAUGUGUGUAAGAAGACUGGAGUGAGGGACCAACAACUCAAUCCAGAAAUCCCUGAGAGUGACAUCAUCCUAUUAGUGGAUAAAUCUUCUCACCUGGACAAGGCUUUGACAAUUAACGAUCUACAGCACGUUUUUGAGCAACUUCAUGAAAGUGCAAGCUCUCACUGGUUCGAUCUGGGAUUGGCUCUAGAUCUAUCUUAUCAUGUUCUCACCGACAUCAAUAGGAAGCAUCACGACACAUCUAAUAUGUCAUGCUUGCGUGAAAUGUUGGCUACACUCCUGAGUACACAACACGUAACAUGGAGUCUCCUGUCAGACGCUCUCAAAAAUCCUACAGUGGGGCUCAUCAAUUUGGCUGAUAGCAUCACAGAUCAAAGCCGGGCUGAAAGGCAUGGCUGUGCCAUACGAUCAAGAAAUCUUCGGAGUGAUAAUUCAGAGCCAAAUCAACAGUGUACUACAAUUGAUGAGACAACAGAUUCUAAAGCUUCUUCUGAAUCAGAGUGCAUUAAAAAUCCUAGACUGUCAAUAAUUCCUUCUCCCACAUACAAUAGUUUGGCUCCUUGUUCUCCGCAUGUUCGUUCUCCUGCAAAGUCUCUCCAGCUGCAAUCUACUACCUUAUUGCGAGGUUCAGAAGUCAUAAACGAACUCUGCACACCACCCAAUGAUUCAAACUCAAAACAAGAAUAUAAGCGGGAUACCACAAAGGUCAGAUGCCUCGACUUUGUUAACAAUCACAGUGACGUUUGGAUGUCCAAGAUACUUUGUCGAUGCUGUAUUCCGACUACACUAAAGAGAAAAUGUAACAUGUUCUUCUUCUUUUAUAUCAUUAUUUUCUUCGCAAUGUGUACUGCUUCUGCAUUAUCCUCCACGAUAAUAUCAAUACACCAAGAAUCCAAUCAUGGUUCAGUACAUAUCACUCAACUGAUCCAGCAGUCAGUACUACCUAUAGCUCGAGUCAGACCGAAUGUAAAGCAGCUAACAUUCACUGAGACCCCAAAUACUCAGAUUAUCCCAAUUUACUUCAACAUUAGCAAUUGUGAUGAUAUCAGAAAAGAAAAUACCACAAUACACGAGGAAGGAAUACUCACUCCAGAAGAAAAUACUCCAAUUUAUGAGCUCUACACACAAUAUAUCGCCUCUCUGAGGUUGCAAAUUCAAGUAUCAGCAGACUAUAACAGCUCAGAAUGCCCAGUUGUUUUGGUAGUUUAUGACAAUGUUGACGAAUACGAAUCCUUUUUGCUCAAUGGAUCUUGGACGUUCACCUAUAUGGAGCACUGCAUCAAAAAUAAUAAUUUCUCGAUCAGUAUCAUACUUGCAGGAAACAGUUAUUAUUUUUUUGGCGUUCACUUUGAAGCCAACUCACAUGUCAUGGGAAACAUAACUUAUCGUAUCAAUGGUUGGAAUGAGGAAAACUCAACUAGCUCCUUCACAAGCUUUUGCUCAAUAACAUCCACAACUACAACAGAGUGUAAUCACAAUUUCAAUAGUUUUGUGGACACACCAGAGUUCUGUAUCGUAGGAGUUGUUCCCAAACGAAAUGCCAGUGAUGUAGUAAGGAAAGCAGAAAUCCAGUAUUCGUAUUCAAUAUUGUCAUCAACGGCAUUAUUAUUUUUGCUUGGUUUGUGGCUACUACUAAUUACAUUAUUUCUUCUGUGGCUUUUAGUGCCAUUUUUCUACAAUUGCUGUAAGAAACUGAAGUACUGUACGAAACUGAAAAAAGACUCAGAGGGAUCAGUUGCGUUCCCCAAUCGACGUGAAUAUACAAAACUUUAGAACUGACAUUGAUAUAAAAGUAAAUCAAGAAAAAACGAAUAGAGUUGCUCCAAAAUAGAAUUUAUUUAGAUCAUUAACAUUUUGGAAUCUCUGUGUAUUUUUUUUAGUG